AUGGGCAAUCCACACAUUCUAGCCAUACCAUACCCAGCACAAGGCCAUGUGACUCCAAUGAUGGAGCUCUCUCUGUACUUGGUAAAACACGGAUUCAAGGUCACAUUCGUCAACACGGAGUAUGUUCAUAGCAAAAUCUUGAAUUCCAUGGCAGAAAAAGACUAUCUAAAUGACCAGAUUAGUCUAAUUUCAAUUCCUGAUGGGAUGGAGCCGUGGGAGGAGAGAAAUAACCUGAUGAAGCUGACUGUAGGAAUGUAUCAGAUCAUGCCGGGGAAGCUUGAAGAGGUUAUUGAGAAAAUCAAUGCAUCAGAAGAUGACAAGAUUAGGUGUGUGAUAGCUGAUCAGAGUAUGGGAUGGGCUUUAGAAGUUGCAGACAAGAUGAAGACUCGUCGAGCUGUGUUUUGGCCGGCACCAGCUGCUGCUAUGUGCUUUUUGUUUAGUUUACAAAAGCUAAUCGACGAUGGAUUCCUUGACAAUAACGGAACUCCAUUAAAGAAUCAGAUGAUUCAGUUGUCCCCAGCAAUGCCAGCCAUGAACACUGCAAAUUUCUUAUGGACAAUGAUCAACAACUUAUAUUUACAGAAAAUAGUCUUCAGUUUCUUUCUUCACAAUGCCAAGCUAGUAAAAAAAGAAGAUAAAAUAAUCUGCAUCUCAUCAUAUAAUCUCGAACCCGGAGCAUUCACAUUCUCCCCUCAAAUCAUACCAAUCGGACCACUGUUAACAAGCAAUGAACAAGGUCACACUACAGUAGGAAACUUCUUGACAGAAGAUUCAAAUUGUUUAAACUGGCUAGACAAACAACCACCAAAGUCAGUAAUUUAUGUUGCAUUUGGUAGCACAACUAUUUUUACUAAAACCCAAUUUCAAGAACUGGCAUUAGGGCUUGAGCUAACCAAUAAGCCAUUCUUGUGGGUUGUAAGACCAGACACUGUCACUGACAAUAUUUCAUACCCUGAAGGUUUUCAAGAGAGAGUAAAAAAUGGUAAAAUAGUGAAUUGGGCACCUCAAAAACAGGUUCUUUCACAUUCUGCUGUUGCUUGCUUCUUAAGUCACUGUGGUUGGAAUUCUGUAACUGAAGGUGUUAGCAAUGGUGUUCCUUUCUUGUGUUGGCCUUAUUUUUCUGACCAUUUUAUUGGUGAGAGUUAUAUUUGUGAUUUUUGGAAGGUAGGGUUGAGAUGUGAGAAGAAUGAGAGUGGGAUUGUGACUAAGGAAGAAAUCAAGAACAAGAUUGAGGAAGUUGUUGGUGAUGAGAGUUUGAUGGUGAGGGCUUUGGGACUUCAGGAGAUUGCUUUAGAAAGUAUUGGAGAAGGUGGUCAUUCUAAUGAUUGUUUCAAGAAUUUCAUGGAAUGGAUUAAGUCAUAG